CCCAAAUCUGUUGACAGCCCCGAAACACGUUGAGCUAAGUUGUCUAACAGCUGGUAAUUACUGACGUCGAAAACUACGUGGCUAAUCAAAUAUUCAGGUUAAAUAUCUUUGCAGUGUGAAUAUGAACCUGGCCGUUUAGGAUCGAUGUGCCGUGUGAUUUGACACCUCAGGAGGAGGAUAUGCUGGGUUGUAAUCUGUCACAUCUGAGUCAGGAAGGAAGAAAAGAAACAUUCGCACUGCAAACCUGUAGACUAGUCUGAGCCAGACAGUUUUUGUUUGCACCUUUUCGCUGAGUUUUUUGGAAAAUGAAAACGACUUUAUUAUUGCUGCAUGCUGUCUCGUGCUGCUGGAUGGUGAAUGCCACGCUUUCAAAAACAGAUGCAAAGAAGUCUCAUAAAGCUGAAGCUGAGACAUCUCCAGCUGAACUGUCUGUGUUGGAGAGAGGCCUUGUUGUGUCAGAUCUACACUGGAAAGAUGUAGUGAAGGAGGAAAAGAGACACUGCCUGCACAUCAAGAAGACAUUUCAAGGACCAGUGCUUGGAUAUGUCACACCCUGGAAUUCCCAUGGCUAUGACGUUGCCAAGACGUUCGGCUCCAAACUGACAUCUGUGUCUCCAGUGUGGCUUCAGCUCCACAGACGAGGACCUGAAACCUUUGAUGUUACAGGACUUCACGAUCAUGACCCUGGCUGGGUGAAAGCAGUACGCAAGUCAAACAAAAAAAUCAAGAUGGUGCCUCGUCUGUUAUUUGAUGGCUGGUCCUACCAGGACUACAUGAGUGUGCUGGGCAGUGAGGAUGAAAUUGAGGAGCUGGCAAGUGAACUGGUGGAUGUAGCAAAGACUGAGGGCUUUGAUGGCUUUACUUUGGAGCUUUGGAGCCAGCUGGGAGGGAACAAAAGAAAGGAGCUGGUCCAUUUGGUGAAACACAUAUGUGAAACUUUGAAAGCAAAAAGAUUAGACUGUAUUCUUGUUAUUCCCCCAGCUGUGACAAGCACAGGGCAGGCUGGGAUGUUUGGCAGGGAGGAGUUUGAGCUGUUGGCCCCUGUGGUUGAUGGAUUCAGCCUCAUGACAUAUGAUUACUCCAGUGGUGCCAAGCCAGGCCCAAGCGCCCCCCUGCCCUGGGUCAGAGACUGUGUUCUUCAGCUAGCACCCAGCUCCCAGUGGAGGCAAAAACUCCUGCUUGGACUCAAUUUUUAUGGCCUAGAUUUUGCAAGCCAGGGGACAGAGCCAAUCCUGGGGGGAAGGUACAUUGAGAUUUUGCGAGAACAAAGGCCAAAGAUUAUUUGGGAUGAAUAUUCUGCUGAGCAUUAUUUCAGCUACAAAAGGAGCAAUGCAGUUAAGCAUGUGGUGUACUAUCCAUCAUUAAAGUCAAUCUACUCAAGGGUCUCUUUAGCUGCUGAACUGGGAACAGGAAUUUCCUUAUGGGAACUGGGACAAGGACUGGAUUAUUUCUAUGACCUCCUAUGAGUGUGGGACAUUUUGGUGAAGAUUUUAAAACAGUGAAGUUUUUGCUGUAUGUAAGUUUUUUCUUUUGUCUUUGAACUGAUCACUGAAACGACGUAUUGACAGGGUUUAUAUAAUAUUAAAAUUGUUUUAGGAUGA